AUGCGUUCCAUGCGACGGGAAGCUCGUGCCAGGGAAGUCGGACUAACCUUAGUGAAGACAGCGGCCGUAUUAUUCCCCUCCAAGCUUGGAUGCCAAGUAGAACCUGUUUGUGGCACUGCACCUUCGUUGGGUUUCUUCUGGAUUCGUUAUCAGCACACAGUGCGUCCCUGUUCGUCCUCGACCUCGGCAGCAGGUGAAGGGGAACAGACACAAGAAUCCAAUCAUUGCAGCCACUCGCAUCACGAGCACUGGAAUCGUUCAUCGCUCAUCAUGCUGGCAGUCGCCCAGGCCUCGCCACGAGGCCACAAUGCCCCACCUCCCCCCACUGGGUCGGUCUCCAGUGCUGUUACCACUCCAGCAGGAGGGCAAUGCAGCUCGCUGGCUGAUUCUACGACGGGGAUCGCCACAUCGCCAUCCAAAACGCUCCCACCUGGUUGUUUGGACGCCUCCCUUCCGAGGGUAGAGGAAGUUCCUUCUCUCGUCACGGACUCCGCUCCGAAGGUGGAUGAAAAGCACAGUUCAUUGGAAGUCGCCGCGAGUUCUCCUACCUCGUGUUCGGCCAAUGGACGCGCGCCCAACAGUGAGCUGAACAACGAUAGGGAUGGACACUACUUCCUCAAUGUUGUCGAAGCUACCGCCGCGGAGUUGAGGGCUCGCGUCGCGGAAAUUGAAAAUGAUCUUCAAAACAAUGAACUUUCUGAUGAAGUCUCCGGUCAUCUACGCACUACAGUGGGCAAGGUGAAUUUGCUGCUCUCUCAAAAGUUUGUCCAGUUCCGGAGCCUCUGUAUGGACAGCAUUGAACCUCCAGGGGCCUCCAAUUCCGUGGGUGAAUUCGUCACACUCCCCAGCGAUCUCGAGGGCUUCUGGGCGAUGGUCAUGCUCCAGGUGGACGACGUGCGCUCCAUGAUCGCGCGCGUCGACCAGCUGAGACAGAAUGGCUGGCAAGCCAACCCGGAUCCCCCAACUCAUAAUGGCGUCAAUGGCGCUUCCUCUAUUACUCCGAUGACAGUCAAACGGCGCCAGCCAAAGCCUGCAGCUUCUACAACGUCCACACCUCGUCAAAACAAAGAAGCCGUGGACUUGGCGCGGUCGCAGGCCAGGGAGCGUUUAAAGGCGGCGAAGCGUCAGUACAUGCUCGCGCGCCAAAGGACGCCCAGCACCACCAACGCGUUGGAAACGGAGAACGCCUCCUUCCUUGUUCUGUAA